AUGAUCACCAGUGUUGUAUUCGCGUGUCUAUUUCUACUCGCUGGUGCACAUCCAGGGAAGCGAGGGCCAUUCAUUGAGUCCGUCACAGACUGCUCACAGCUACCGUUGUACAACAACGAGACAAAGAUAGCCGGGCCUUGGACACUCAAAGUUGACAGCUGCUACAAUGGAACUGCGACUCGAGGGUUAUGCAGCAUCGAAGGCUUUGAGACUGGCAGCGAUAUCAUACGUUUACGAGAAGACAGACCCAACACGAUCGAGCAUGGAUUUAUCACAAUCGUAAGCGACAACAACAACCUCAAAACCCAGCUCCGCUGCAACGGUGUCCUGAACAAAAUCGAAGCAUACGUCCUUUCCGGUCCCGGUGCCGGCGCCUUGGAAUGGCACGCCGUGGGGAUUGACCACCACCCCAGUACAGGACGACUCGUCUGGGGCAAACCAAACGCUGAGCCUGUACAGGUAUACAGACACUACCGUCGUGGGAUACCAGUCGAAGGCGUCUUUCUCGGAUCGAAAAAUCAGACGAAUUGGAGUGUGCACUCAGCUGGGAGGGAUGUGAGCAUCACGGAUAUGAAGCAUUAUUGGGUUAUGCGAUUGAUGAUUCCAGAGACGAGGAUUCGGAACAAUGAGUUUAGGACGUUGAUUCGGAUUGAUGGGAGUUGA